UCAGCUGAUCCUGAGCCAAGCCAGUCACAUUGUCUCCAGCAGACUGAGGGAGUGGGCUCAGCCAAUACAAGUGAUUAGCAGACUCGGAGAGCCAAUCACAGCGACUCUAGCAACAUGACGACCAACCAGCUGUGGCAAACUGAGGAGGGUAUAGAAAGACUAUAAAUGCCUGUCUACCCCGUCACCCUGUACCCCUCUACACCGCCUUUAGCUCCCUCUAGCCCCCCAUCAACACCCAGUCUCUACCCCCUCAGAGGGAGUUCAGUAAGCACCCUCUAACAGCCCCCAAAACCCUUCUUCCACCAUGACCAAUAACAGCAGCUCACCUGGCGUCUGGGAGACCUCUGAUUGGUCCGAGUCAGGCCAGUGCCCGCCCUCAGUGGGCGGGGCCACAUUCCUUAUUGUGGCCUACAGCACGGUGAUCGCGGUGGGGUUGCUAGGCAACGUGGGCCUGGUGUUCAUCAUUGGGCGGCAGAAGGAGCUGCGUAACGUCACCAAUAUUCUGAUCGCCAACUUGUCCUGCUCGGACAUCCUGAUGUGUGUGGUGUGUCUGCCCGUCACCGUCAUCUACACUCUAAUGGACCGCUGGGUACUGGGGGAGGCACUCUGCAAGGUCACUCCAUUCGUACAGUGUGUGUCAGUGACGGUGUCUAUAUUCUCCCUGGUGUUGAUUGCGUUGGAGCGCCAUCAGUUGAUCCUGCACCCUACUGGCUGGUCCCCAGCAGCAGGCCACUCCUACCUGGCCGUAGGUCUCACCUGGUUGGUCGCCUGCUUCAUAUCCCUCCCCUUCCUGUCCUACAACAUCCUGACCGACGAUCCCUUCCAGAAUCUCACCCUGCCCGCCAACCCCUUCAGAGACCAUGUGAUCUGUAUGGAGAAAUGGCCGACAGAUAGACACCGUCUGGCCUACACCACCUUCCUGCUGCUGUUCCAGUACUGUGUCCCUCUGCUAUUGGUGCUGCUCUGCUACCUCCGCAUCUUCCUACGCCUACGUCGACGCAGGGACAUGGUGGAGCGGAGCCGGAAGGCCCGAGGUGCCCAGAGGAUCAAUGCUAUGCUGGCGGUCAUCGUAGCCGCCUUUGCCCUUUGCUGGCUGCCGCUCAACGUGUUCAACACGAUAUUUGACUGGCACCACCAGGUGCUGCCCGCCUGCCAGCACGAUGCUUUGUUCUCUGCCUGCCACCUCACCGCCAUGGCCUCCACCUGUGUCAACCCUGUGGUGUACGGCUUCCUGAAUAGUAACUUCCAAAAGGAGUUGAAGGUUCAGCUGCAGCGCUGCCACUGUGGCUUGGGGGCACCAGAGAGCUAUGAGAAUUUCCCGCUCUCUACCGUCGGCAGUGAGGGGAUCACCAAGAUGUCGAUGCUGAACCGGGCAGGGUCAAUGAGCACCGCGCUGCCGCCACGGGGCGAGCCCAGUGUUAGCAUAUGCAGCUAACGUCUAGCCAACAGAGCUAGUGGCUAAUGCUAAUGGCUAAUUAGUGUAGCAUGUACAGCUGUUAGACAGGGUGUAAACAACAAGGAUACAGCUCAUAUCAAGCAAGCAGCAAACAGACAGAACCCCCAAAUGAACAGAGCUGGCAUAGAGCAGCUAACACUAAUGGACAAAGCUAACGGCUGAUACUAAAGAGAGACAAAGUGGAACUAAGCAGCUGGACAGACAUGACAGACUGGUUGGCCCCAGUCUCCAUGAGUAUCAGUCGAUUUCUGAAUUCCUAUAAAGCAUUGCAGGCGGAGCAGAGUAUACAGAACUAAUGUAUUCACUUAGCUAAAAUAGAAACGAACAAACAGAUCCAUACAUCUAAUCAACAGAGCAGCUCAUGGACAGAGUGCACACAUGCAGCUACGCUAGGUAGCACACAGCUGGAGAGACUGCGACAGAGAAAGUGACAGACCCAGGGACGUGUGGGCUCUGUUUCCAUGGUGAUGGUGUAUUUCUGAACUAAGUCAGUUUGUUCCCGGAAGAACUGUCGUCACCAGAGUUUGACAUCAUCCUAGCGUGUUAAGCUGCUGUCACGCAAGUCAGAUGGAUGGACAGACGGUCAGUCAAUCAGUCAGUCAGUCAAUCAGUCAAUCAGUCAGACAAUUCUGAACUCAGGGCUGCCUUGAGCUGAUAUGACAGCUGUCUCUCUAACAUCAGAAUAACCCUGUUGACACUGAUAGCCCUCCCUCUCAGUCGCUGUCUCUUUAUGAGCUGUUCAGUAAUCAGAGAGAUCAGUCUGAGAUGCUGAUAAGAGAGACAGAGAGAGGAGAGAGAGAGAGAGA